GGCGUUCUCGAAACCAAAUCGAUGUUUUAGGCGCUUUAUCAUUGCAGAUUCCUUUUUACAUGUACACUUUUUCUACGGUCAUUGGUCAUUAUGUGCGAGGUUUGUGAAUGGCGAAUCCGGGGCAGCUUCAUAGAAUAGGUUCAGUCAUCAAAAUUUUCAAUUCAAAUAUUGGUUCCGCUGGAAUUGAUAGCAGACUUUGGAAUAAAAAUGAGUACACAACCAAGCCCAGCAAACCAAACUGUAGAAAGGGAGAAAGUUUUUAACUGGAUAUUGGAAUUAACGAAUCCCGAAAGCAGAGAGAAUGCGUUACUUGAACUGAGCAAAAAACGAGAAGUGGUACCAGACCUAGCCCCUAUGUUAUGGAACAGCUUCGGAACAACAGCGGCCCUAUUACAAGAAAUCAUAAACAUAUAUCCUGCCAUAAAUCCUCCUACGCUAACGGCACAUCAGUCGAAUAGAGUUUGCAAUGCAUUAGCACUGUUACAGUGCGUAGCUUCUCAUCCAGAAACUCGUUCACAGUUUCUGCUGGCACAUGUUCCUCUAUUUUUGUAUCCUUUUCUGCAUACUUCGUCGAAAACAAGGCCUUUCGAAUACUUGCGAUUGACCAGCCUAGGAGUUAUUGGUGCACUUGUUAAGACUGAUGAGCAGGAAGUGAUUACUUUCCUCUUGACGACCGAAAUCAUACCGUUAUGCCUUAGAAUUAUGGAGUCCGGAUCAGAGUUAAGCAAGACUGUGGCAACUUUCAUUUUACAGAAAAUAUUGCUCGAUGACAGUGGUCUGUCAUACAUCUGCCAGACUUACGACCGAUUCAGCCACGUCGCAAUGAUUUUGGGUAAAAUGGUUAUAUCCUUAGCUAAAGAACCUUCCGCCCGCCUUUUGAAGCACGUUGUUAGAUGUUAUCUUCGCUUAUCAGAUAAUUCAAGAGCGAGAGAAGCCUUGAGACAGUGUCUUCCGGAUCAAUUGCGAGACAAUACCUUCAACAUUUGCCUGCAAGAAGAUAAAUCGACAACACACUGGCUUGCUCAGUUGUUGAAAAACCUCGAAACGUCUGCCCCAACAGAUCCCCGGCAGGUAGGUAUGUCCCCCCUCACUUCCCAGUGAAAGUGCAGCUGUUCAAAAUGGGCCGGAGUUGGUUCUGACCUCAAUAAAAUCAGUGAAGUAGAUUUUGGUAAAGAAAGUAAAUUCAUGUAUAUGUUGAUCUAUUGAGUUGAUUCAAGAAAUUAUGUAGUAUAAAGAAAUUACCAUAACUGUAUAUAAAUUGAAACAAGUAUAUCUCGUGUCGCAAUCACUAAAUUCCACUCACGAACUGAAACUGAAAUUUGAAACUGUAUAUUGAGAGCUGGAAUAGUAAUUUUUUCAGAGUGUAAUUGGUUGUGAUACACCAACAUAUGGUUGAGGACCUUCUAUCGAAAAUUUUGUAUAUAUUUAAAAAAGGAAACAUACAUUCUACCACGCCAGAUGAAGUAUAUUUUGUGAUAAAAUUCGUAUUAUAAUUUUCAAAUAAUUCAUCAGUAGAAAUUGAUUCAUGAAUAGUCUUAAGGGUUGAUUGACAAAGAGGUUGACAUUUCAAUCAGUUGCUACAAAACCCUUUCAUGUAGGUAGGUAAUAUACUCCUUAUUUUUGUAAUGGAUAACAAUCACCUUGUACAUGGCAUUUUACAUAACUAUACCGAGGGUCAAUAAAAUUGGCACAACCAAAUCUUGUCACUAUUCAAAGCCCUGCCAAAAUUAACAGUAAUCGAAUGAAGGUAAUUUCUUGAUCAACUUCCUAUUACGGUUUGAUUUUUGUAUUAAUUUCGUUUGAAGCACUUUUUUUCAGAGUUGGCUACACUGUUCAUUUGUCAUUAGUCUCAUUAGUGUCAGUUGUCAUGUUAAUUGCUCCCGCCAUUACUUUAAAUUGAUAGAAAAAACUAAAUAAGGAAUGAAUACAAUGAAAUUAGCAAAUAAAAUUCAAAAACAGACAAUGAUACAUAUGACAACUGACAAAUAAACAGAGUAGCCAACUUAGAAAAAAUAUGUGUACUCGAAACGAAAUCCUCAUCCAAUACAAUUUAUUGUUUCAAAAGAUAGACUUUGAACAAAUCAACAUUUUUUUUAAGGAAAGUUAAACAAAAUAACAUCAUUGCUUGAAAAUUCGAUUCUUUACAUACUCUGAAUGAAUGUUUGUAGGAUUUUCUUUUCAUCCCUAAAAAACAUCAUCAGAUAAGGCAGCAAAAUUUUGUGAUAUAAUCUGACCAGACUUAAUUCGUUGCCCUAGUUCAUUCCAUGAAUACAUAUCGGGGCUUUUGGAAAAUGAUUUGGAUGUUCGUAUUUAGUGUUAGGUCAAGCUAUAGGUUAUAUCUUUCGUACCGAAUGAGAUAACGGAGGAAAUAAACUCCAGUGCAUUCGAACUCGUACACUAAAAGUUAUGAUGCAAAAUUUUGGUGGUGCUAGUUUUUUGAUCUUCAGUGUAGUAUAUACAUUUUUGAAAAUUCGCCCAAUAUUUUCUGGUUUAUUGGAAAAUGAUAUUUAUGUGUGGCUUUUUUGUGGCUCUCUUGAAUAUUUACAGUAUUUCCAUAUUGAAUCAUGAAGUUUUUUUUAUUUUCAUGGUAGUACAACUUUAUUGUUAUCCGUUAUUUGUAAAUGUCUGCUUUUUUGUGAUCUCUACUAUGAGGGGUGAUUUAAAUGUGAUUUUUCAUGUGUUUAUUACUUAAUAUUUAAAUUCACUACGUAACUGUUACUGUACCUGUACUAAAACGUUUUUAUUAAACGAUGUUCAUAAAACUUA